AUGGCGACGGGUGAGAGUCGUACGCUGUACGAUGCCUACGCGCACUGCGAGCGAGACGAGGAACGAGACGACGAGGUCGAGGACGAGCGAGAACGGUCGCACGUGUCGUCGUCUUCCUACACGCUGUCGACGACGAGCGAGUUCGGAACGUCCACGAACGGGUCGAUCGAUCAACACGUAUACGUCAUAAUCAGCUCCGACAAUGGUUCGUGCGUGACGUACGCCGAGAAGGAUGACUUUGGGAUCGCGCGCGGAAGGGCCGAAGCGAGAGACAACGCGAGCGAACCAGGGGAUGAAGUCGAAGGAACUCUGACCCGAUGGAGCGGUGAUGGGCGAUUGUACGCGUGUGCGAGAGGUGAUGGACGCGUAUACGUGUGUACACGCAUCGGAGAGAUCGUCUGGCGUGCGAAUCGAGCGUCAGGAGGAAGAGGUGUCGCUGGUUGUGCGCUCGCGCUCGCGCGUGGACGAGACGCAAGUGAGGCAUCGACCUCGUACGAUCUUUUGAGCGUUAAUCUCAAAGGAGCGCCCCUGCUGACUCGAGCUAGGAUAACGCUCGACCGUGAGCAAAAUGCGAGGGAGUCCGCGGCGGAAGACUCGAUGAGUCUUGCGAAAAAGCUCAAGUGGGCAGAUGGCGCCGAGUGGGUGGAACGAGAACGCACGUUGGUUGUUGUCGGACUCGGUCGCUCAUCGACGGGUUCGCUCAUCACCACUUGGAAAUACGAUCAUACCGAUGAUUUUACGAACUUGCGAUGUGCGCGCGUCAUAGACUGCGGUGGAGACGUCGUUCCAAGACGAAGUCUAUUUCGAUCGCCGCGUCGAGCACGUCUCGCAGUUCGACUGAUGGAUGGGUCUUUAAGCGUCGCCACGACGUCAGUGAACGGAUCUUUGAGCACCUUCAUCGCAUCGAACGAUGGUGACGAGGUGAUCAAACGGAUCGAAUCGCGAAGCGAUGUCGUCUCAGCCGCGUGGUGGUCACAGACAUCACUAGCAGUGGCGACGAAGGAUGGAACUCUCACUGUGAAGACGUUUCCAGACGACAUCAACGUGUUAGGGGACGAGCCUGAAUCCUUCGAUUCGAUUCAUGAUUUAGUUUCUGCGCCUAAAUUUGUCGACGGUGUCGAGCGUGGUCGACUUUUGCUUCUAGAGCGUACCGGGCGAGGAGGAUGGAGACUGAUCUCCAUCAACGAAAGAACAUCUUUAGAGAUGUUGAAUUCGCGCAUGGACUCGGAAGAAUGGGGCGUGGCGCUUACCUUGGCGCGUCAGCACGGUUUGAACACCGAUAUCGUGUACAAGACGCGCUGGGUGCGCUCACGCGUGACGACGGAAGGAAUAACAGACUGGCUAUCGCGAAUUAGUGACCGCGCGUGGGUCGCCGUCCAAUGUCUUACCGCUUGUGCGGAAACGUAUGAGAUUCAGCGACACGUUUUGGUUUAUGGAUUGAAGGAAUCUGACGCACAAGCAAAGAAAGCAAGGCAACAAAAAUCGGAUACUGGAGACGAACCAGAAUGGAGUUGGUGGGUCAAAGUGCGCAUAGCCUUGCUCGCCGCUCUCGACCGUGCAGACACGGUGCGCGAAAUCACCGGGGGUGGUUUUUCUGCACAGCUUUACUCGAUUUUGCUACAUUCACCAAUUCACGAGGCCGCUUUAAAUGCUGCUUACACGAACGACAUGACGACGCUCGGAGUGAUCGUCAAGCGCCACGCAUUCGGCGUGAGCGGAGUAGUUUUUGAUGUUCUCUCUGCUCUUCCUGAGACCGCGGACGUGGCCUCAUACGAAAAUCUCCUUCCUUGGUCCGAACACUACGUCAAUCGCGACGGACCUGCGCAAGUGGCCGGGCGUCGUGCUAGAGACUGGGCUGAGUCGACUCGUUUCCUACAACACAUAUUAGAAUUGAACGAAACACGCGCGAGGGAUGACGCACAUGCCGCUGGGAUUUCACUCGAAGUUGCUCAGCUUUUGGACGAUUUAGUCUCAAGAGAGUGGCUGCUAACAGCGACAGAGGAAUUGUGCAAACUUAAAUCCAAUGGUUCGUUCGCACGUCCGUCGGCUCAAGAAAUGGAAACCUGGGCGAUUCAACGUUCAUGCGAAAUGGACAAUUUUAUGGGAUCACUCGGCAGUGCGCGCGACCUUCUCGAUUCUGCAUCACGCGGCUUGAGAACGAGUACACUGAGAGAGUGUGCGAUCGUUUCCUCGAUCCUGGAGUCCGCGGUGCGCGUGAUAUUCGAUCUGGAUAGCGGCCGCAUGUGUCAGAUGAGUUUGGAAGAAUAUUUCGAGAGCGAUGCGUUUGAAAAAUUGUCAGUCAUGCUGUCCAUGGUGACCUCCGAGAACAUGGCGCAACUGCUACCCGGUCCCGUUCGCGAUCUUCUUAAUCAUGUUCGCGUUUCUUCAGAAGAAGGCCCCGAGAUCGUGAGAGAGAUGCUUCAGCGUUGGAUCCUGGGAGCGAUGGAGACGGGGCAGCUCAAGCUCGUUACGCACACCGUGUCAUGGUUGUCGUCAUCCGUUGAGAACUUGGAAAUAGCGGGCGGUGCGGACGCAAUAGCAGCGGUCACGAUCGAAGCUUUAUUAUCUCGUGCCGCUGUGGACGACACUUUGGUGUCAGAGUCGGCUGAGAUGCUCAAUGAAUUGCCCGUGACAAUCACAGAAGUGCCCAUGGCAAAGAAAGCUAUAGCUCGUCUGAAUGCGUGCAGGACGUUGCAGGAGGCAAAGGUUCGAGUGACGCUAAAUGAAGUUAUGAAUGCUGAACAAGACGAAACGAGCGCAUUGAAGCUUUUACAAAACUUCAUCGACAGCGUCGUAGCAAAUACCGCAAUGCCACGGUGGGCAGAGUUGUGGGCACAUGUUCAUACAUUGCAGUCCGGUGCCUUUCAUCGUUCCAUGACACACGAGCAGGCACUCGGCGAGAUUCUUCGCGCACAACUGCGUAAUAAAGAUUGGAAUCACGCGAAGCGCCACAUACCUGAAGGUGGUACGGCUGGUGCCGUGGGCGCGCUUGUUGGAGGAUUGAAAGAGCUUGGUGGCGCUGUGUCUGCUAUUCUCCCAGCAGUUGCGGCAGAAGGCAUCAUAUGUGACGUCUCGGACGAAUUCCUUGCUCGAGCCGAAGACGUUGAAGAUGAGGCUGCGAAAGCAGCAGAGAGUUGCCUUCUAUUGAUGCCCACGCGAGACGCUUGCAGGAAGAAGGUUGAAUUCUUUGAGGCUUUACGCUAUCUCGCCGAAAACCAUGUAAAUCGCGCACCGCGUGCAGUUACGCGACACGUCGCUCUAGAGUUGGUUUUAGAAGCCGUUAGUAAGAGUGAUGAUGCGUAUCGUGUACCAGACGUUUUGCAAGGCGUUGUCGCCAAGCUCGGUGUGUACGAUGAAAAUGCGCAAUUGUCCAUCUUACUCGCCACCGGAUCAAGAGCGUUCGAGUCAGGUGAUAUCGAAAUGGCGCAGGCAACCGCAUUACGCCUGACAAAGCGUAGGUACAGUCACGCUUGGAAGCUAUGUGCGGAUGUCGCGCGAGCCAUUCCAACUGAAAGCGAACACAAUAUCAUGAAAGGUACACUCCUCGCGUUUGCGUUGGUACACGCUGAACAAGACGUCCUUGCGGCACUUUUGAGCGACUGGCAGGCGUCGCAGACGCAUCGAAUGCUCGAGGUAUUUGCGGAUUCAAGACACGGAUCUAUCGUUGACGACAAAGUAAAUUAUGAAGAUUUACUGUCAAACGCUUGCGGAGAUUCCUCGGUCGACACGAGCGUUCGACCGGCAAUCAAACUUCUCGCUAAGAGAUCUACAUUCGGCAGAGCUCUCGACUUGAUAUUCAGAUCGAAUGAUGAGAAAGCCAAAGAAGCUGCUAGCGCAAUCUCUUACGCGCUCGGUGUUCAUGGAUCGAAUGUAUCCGACGACGUGCUAUCUAAAGUCGCUCAAAGCUCCAUUGCGGCAGCGAUGGCGAGCUGUGAUACGGAUGCGUUGGGCUCCGAAAACCCUCCAGCUACGAUGUGGUCAUCUAUGGCCGUUCUAUUGACAAUGAGAGACGCCUCAAAAGUUGCUAACGUCAUAGAUGAAGUCGCUAACCGCAUCCAAGAUCGAUCGAAGUUGCAGAUGGUGUUAAACGUCGGUGCUUGCGUACACGCGUUACGUGCGCUUCGUCCGUCCUGGGAUUCCAUCAGCCUUAAAACACCAGUGAGCAUUUCCGCGCUUGUUGAACUGGUCGGGAAAAUUGAAAGACCCGGACCUGCGAUCCGGUCGGACGUCGAAUUGCUCAAGCAAUACAGAUCGUCCCUCGGCUCUGUGGUUGAUUCGGAAUGGCUGCGUGAGAUGAUCCCAGAGGUCGAUGCUGGUGCGUUCGCUUCGGGCGACGUGGAAUACCGUAAGCGUUCGAUCAUGGCCCUUGCAGCCGGUAGCUCUAGCUCGAUGUCUGGCGUUGAAGCACUCGAGAACGCGCUUAGGCUUGCGGAUGUGUACGACGUCGACUCAUACGACGUGUACUCUGCGCAUGCUGCGAUUCUGGCGAGUGAGGACUCUCUGGAAGUACGACGAACGGCCGCGAUUUUAAAAGAGAAACUUCCGACGAGGCCACAUGAAAGCGUUGAGAUGCUACAACGGUCCAUCUGGAAGACGUUACCGACGAAUGGGAAAUGCGCCAUCGAAUCUGCCUCGGCUUACUUCGACGUUCUCGGUGCGUGCGAUGCCACAAAGGCGCAAACAUUGCAUGACACAUCCGUUGCGCUGCAGGACCUCGCACGCGCGUGUGAUGGAUUUGAUCUGCACGUAUUCGUGAACGCCAAAGGAGACGCUCCCGAGGGAGGGUUGACGGCGGCCCUGGCUGAGAUUCAGCGUGCGACAAGCAGCCAUUCCGACUUCCCGCAAUCCACCGUGACAAACAUCAUCGCAGCUUUGAAGAAAUUCCCGAGCGAAAUUUCAACGAUAAGCGCCGAAGAUGUAUUUUUUGCCGUCGCGCGUGGCGUCUUGUCGCCACCGUCCGGUGCUCUCAGAUCAAGUCCAGAUCAACGUUGGAGCGCGCUCGAGCCAGUUUUGACACGUCUGGGUGAAGCGCACCUCAUGGAAAUUGCCAGGGUGCUAAGUGGUGUGCCCUCGCCGAAUGCACGUAAGGAGUUGCAAGUUUUCGACGGAGAGAUUUCUUCGAGAACUCGCCUCAAGGUUUUGGAAGAUAUCUCCCGUGUCAUAGGCGCUGAAAAGUGUCCCAAUAUUCGAACAGCGAGAGACAAUCUGCACCUCGUCAUUCGAAUCACUGAAGAAAUUCCUGGACUCCAUCCCGCGCUGUUGAGAUUGCUUGACGAAUCACUGCGCUCUGGAUGCGAUGUCCAGGACAUAUGUAAACAGUGGGUGGAGAAUUGUGCGACGUUCGGGCAAAUUUCAACGCUCGCCGCCAUCGUGGAGACUGCUCGAUCUGACCAAAAGGUGGAUGUGUUACUGGCGGUUUCAAGUGCGCUGAGCGACGCGCUGCUACGUAUUCAAGACGAUCCGUCGCAACUUUCGACAAUCAUUCGCAAGACACUCGGAGGUGGUUCACCCAAAGACGAACGACUCGCCGCGGCCCGGUCCAGCGCGUUUACGACCCUCGAACGAUCUGUCGGAGUCGCGACGCCAGUGGCGCGAGCGGAGAUUCUUAAAAUUUUGUCAGAACUCGCCGGAGGAAGUUGUGCGUCGUGGCCGGGAUGGCGAAGUCAUCACGACACCAGCAAAGGUGUGAUGCGUGUGCUGGCAAUGCGCACUGGAGCCUUGCUGGCACCCUUCGGACUGGAAUCACCUGAUGAAGCCAGCCUUUGUGACGUCAAGGCCAUGUGCGCUUACUUUAAACGAGACCUCGUGAGCGCAAAAGUUCCAUUCACGGUUCUGUCCGAAAUACUCAUCCUUUGGGAAGAUCCGCCUAAGAGAACGAAAUCAACGCUGAAGCCAUGUUGGAUUACCCUCUUGACACGAGGCGUGCGAGAAGGUGACGCGACGAUGGAUAUUGUUGCUGAACAAGUUUUUUAUGCCAGUCGUCAUUCGCGCUGGCUGUCGGACGAGGAUUUAUCGCAAUUAUUGGCAGAGACAAAGGCCAGCGAUGCCGCGCGCGACGGAGCGGUCAUCGCCAAACUUUCAUUUCUUCUCGGUCGAGCGUUCGACGAAGCGUCUACUCUCGCGUGGGAUGCCGAGGCGGUCGCUUUUGCCUUGCACGGAAAUCAGAUUUCCGCGCUGUGCGCCGCGUCAUCAGACGCAUUCGACAUGAUCGUAUCCGCGGCAUUUGAUCACGAACGAGGACGUGAAGUCCUCAUUCCACAUAUCAUCGCGGCGUUGACGCGCGCGAGCAUGUACGAACAGGCUGCCUCUCUCGCGGUCAAGUUGACGUCGACGCAUCCCAUUCUUGCCGCGGAUUUCGAGACGCGCUUGGCGAUCCUGCGCAAGCAACUGUACGCCCGCGCUCAAAAACGCGAAGCGCCCGGAGCCAACUCAACGCCACGAACGGCUUUCGAGCGCUCGAUAUGCAAGCUCUCUUCGACUCUUUCGAGCGUCAGCGCGUCGGCGAGUGGCGCGCUCGAGAUGGCGCUUUCGUGA